UGAGGUCAGGGCUCUUCAGAUCAACAUCAUCUUCAAACCUCAGGAGCCGUCGCCGUCUCAACGAUGGCUUCAGAAGCUGUGGACUCACACAAACUGCAUUACGAGCAUUUUGAAAACGCCUCAGAGGAGCGGCACAAGCCUCUGCUCCGGAGCCACCUCUUCUUCAGCGUCCUCAGCUGCUUCUGCCCGGCUUACCCCGUCAACAUCGUCGCGCUGGUCUUCUCCGUCAUGUCCAGGAGGAGCUACGACAACGGCGACUACGACGGAUCCAGGCGGCUCGGCAAGAACGCCCUCUAUGUGGCCGUGGCCUCCAUCAUCAUCGGCCUGCUGGUCAUCGCGCUCUCCUGCAUCGUCCACUUCUCCACAGUGGGAGUGUAGUGCUGCAGGGCGAAGACGAAGACCUGAGGCGGGUCAUUCAUGUAAAUAAUCCACUGUGUUGGGUCCCUGCAUUCACUCCGACAAAAAGAGACAAAAGAACAUUUUUAUACGCGGUUGAAGAACGAGGGUUUUAAAGUUGCUGUGACAAAUAAACUGGAUUCAGUUGGAA